UCAAGGAGCAGGGCUAGGUGGGACGCUCAGCCUGGGGUACCUGGGUCUCACCUGGUCACCAUGAGUAACCAGGCGCGGACCCCCGCUCCCUCCCCAGCCGGGGCAAACACACCGUCCCGGACACCAACUCCCAUCCGAACCGCGACCCCAGUCAGAGCCUCGAACCCGGCUCUGGUCCGAACUUCCACCCGGAUCCCGGUCUCGACCGCGGCCCACAAUCAAACUCCGGUCCGAACCUCAGCCCCGGUCCGGGGUCCCGCCCGGGUCCUGACCCCUCCUCCAAUCCGGUUCCCAACCCCAGCUCCAACCCCAAUCCCAGCCCCAACCCCAGCCCCAACCCCAGCACCGGUGCGGUCCCCAGCACCGGUGCGGUCCCCAGCACCAGUUUGGACUCCGAAACUAGCACGGGAGUCCUUGCCGAACUCGGCCUCACCCGUGGCUCAGCCCUCUUCUUCCAGGCGUGCUAGCUCUCUCUCCAAGGAUCCUAUGCAGGAACCCUCGACCUACAGCCUAGCAGAGGCCAUCCAGGGUCCCCUUCCGGUGCUCACUGCCACGGCUUCCAAGACACUGGACUCCGUCCGGGACUGCACUCCUCAGUUAGACGCCUUGGCUUCCGAUGACAUGGCAUCCAGUACAUUGGGUCCCACUCCGGACCCCAUCCCCGAACUACAGUUCUUGGACACUCAGCUGAAGGAGGCGUCUGCUCUGAAUCAGCUCCCCACACUUUCCCCAUCACCCAGCCUCAUCUCCACCAAGGAGGUCCCCUCGACCAGCGAGAACUUCCCAACGGUCAACAGAAUUUUGAUUCGUGUGACAUACUGUGGCCUCUGAAGCUAUGGCCUUCGGUACAUUCUUCUGAAAAAGACCCUGGAACAUCAAUUCCCGAACCUUCUGGAGUUUGAGGAGGAAAGAGCUUCCCAGAUAACAGGGGAGUUUGAAGUGUUUGUGGACGGGAAGCUGGUCCAUUCCAAGAAGAAAGGUGAUGGGUUUGUGGAUGAGUCCGGUUUGAAGAAACUUAUGGGCAUCAUCGAUGAGGAGAUCAAGAAAAGGUAGCAGCAAAAACAAGGUUGGAGACGAGCGUGGC